AAACCAUGUUCUUGGAGGUUGGUUUCGUGGUUUUGAUAUAAUCUCCUCCCUCAUCGCAUUUUCAAUAUCCAGGGCCUCGGAGGAGAUCACCAGUCUUUAGCAAGUCGAUCGUCUGCCCAUGGUUGACUCCAGGCUCCAGCAUCUUCGACAAAGUCUGCAAAAGCGCCUCCCUUCUACAAUGUCGCCGUCUCGGAGGAGAUAUGGUGUUUUCAGCAAGUCGAUCUGCGGAAGAGACGGGGGUGGAGGAACAGGAGAGGAGGAGGAGGUCCGCAAAAAUUGGGGAUAUCUCUUUAUCUUUUUUUGGAUUAUUUUGUUUUUUAUAUUACAGGUGGCAUUUUUCUUUUAAUUUUAUAUUCCAAUCUGGGAAAUAUGUCACAGUUCAGCAAUUUGAAACGUUAUUUUUUUUUUCAAGGACCACCUACGUAGGUUUCCCCGUAACAUAACUAGAAGCGGAAACAAUCAAAAUUAGGUUUCCCCUCCCGCCGUACCAUAUUCCUUUGCAGCCGCGAAUUGCCGUCCGGGACUUCAUUGGAGUCGACCGGUCUUUGUAUUUGCAUUGUAGUGUUCGAUUCAUUGAAUCUCCUACUUAGUCAUUCGCAACUCUCUAGCAUUCAGAAGUUUUUUUUUCAGUAGCUACAGAAGUUCAAAGGCGUUGAGAAGAUGGGCAAAGCAUCUCGGGACAAGAGGGAUAUCUAUUAUCGAAAGGCAAAAGAAGAAGGUUGGCGUGCGCGAAGUGCCUUUAAGCUCCUGCAGAUAGAUGAGGAAUUCAAUAUAUUUGAUGGGGUUAAGCGAGUGGUGGAUUUAUGUGCUGCUCCUGGUAGCUGGAGUCAGGUUUUGAGCCGUAAAUUAUAUCUUCCAGCAAAGCUUGUACCUGAUUCAAAGGAUAAAGAUCAUCCCCUUAUUGUGGCUAUUGAUUUGCAACCCAUGGCUCCAAUUGAAGGUGUCAUUCAGGUGCAGGGUGAUAUAACCAAUGCCCGAACUGCAGAAGUGGUUAUUAGACACUUUGAUGGCUGCAAGGCUGACCUCGUUGUAUGUGAUGGUGCUCCUGAUGUUACUGGUCUUCAUGACAUGGAUGAAUUUGUUCAGUCCCAACUCAUACUGGCUGGUUUAACAAUUGUCACACAUGUCCUUAAAGAAGGUGGGAAAUUUAUUGCGAAGAUAUUUCGCGGAAAAGAUACAAGUCUUCUGUAUUGCCAGCUGAAACUGUUUUUCCCCAUAGUGACUUUUGCAAAACCAAAAAGCAGCCGCAAUUCAAGCAUAGAGGCAUUUGCGGUUUGUGAGAAUUAUUCCCCCCCUGAAGGAUUCAAUCCUAAAGACGUGCAUCGCCUGCUGGAAAAGAUUGGGAGUCCUUCUGGAGUCGAUGAUCUGGAUUGUAGUAGUGGGUGGUUGGAAGGUCCGAACAAGGUGUAUAUCCCAUUUCUAGCGUGUGGAGACCUCAGUGGGUAUGAUUCUGACCGGUCAUACCCACUGCCAAAAGUUACUGAGGGAACUUACCAGAGCUUGGAUCCUGUACAGCCCCCAAUUGCCCCUCCUUAUAAAAGAGCCCUUGAAUUGAAGAAAGCUUCCAGUCACGGUACCCGAGAGCUUGAAAAGCUCUCCUUGGAUUCUUGAUGGUCAGAAAUAAUUAUUGUUUCUAUAUGGAAUAAACUAUUUAUAAUUCUUGUGCACAUUUUAUUGCGAACGCUAUGUUGUAGGGCUUUGCUUCCCUUCGUAAGCACUUCCCUUUGUCAGAUAUUAUUAUUAGAAGAAAUGUGUAUUAAGCAUAUUUUUUAGUUCACAUGCUCUCCUUGUGGCAAUAGUUUCUAACUAUAAUCUGCAGAAACUGAGUUUGAUCUUUAUGAAGAGGAAGAAGAUUUCAAGAAUUCAAAUGCAAUCUUCUACAUAUUCAGCUCGUUGAGAGACAUUUCAUCUGCUAAAGAUUUCGAUCUUGCCAAACUAGCUGAAGAGACUUUGCUGGAAGACCUCCUUCUCAUGGAAACACACCGUAGAGCAUUUCUUUUAAUUGGAAAGUUGGAAACAAAUUCGAGUUGGAAAGUUGUGUUAGAUGCAUUUCUUUUAAUAGGGUUGUAUUAGCCAAUAGGCCCCAACCUUUCAUGUGCUAUGCAUUAUAGAUCAAGUAAUUGAGAAGCCAUGUGAUAUGGCUUUGGA